AUGCAGUACUUUACGAUCGUCUCGUACGUCGCUAUCGGUGCUGGCACGUACGUAUACCGACCCGACCUCAUUCAAAAGCUCUUGCCAGUCGCACCAGUCGCAGUUACUGAGCCUGUCGCUGCAGAAAAGACAACGAGUAAGAAGCAGAAGUUGAAGAAGGCGACAAGUGAUAGGAAUGCAGGCAGUGCGAAUAGCAAUAUGACCGAGAAGAGCUCAGAAGAUUCGAGGACCAGUAAGAAGAGGAAGAUAGUGGGUCCGGUAGGCAAUACGGUUACUGCGGUCGCAGUCGAUGGGACCAAGAAAGAGCUACCUCGAGACACAGAACAUGAUCUGGACGACAAAGAUUUUGCUCGACAGCUAGCCCAAGCACAAGCCGGCACCAACCUGCAGGCCAAGCCGCAGCAAAAGAAUGCUGCACCUACACGAUCGGCAGCAUCGCUACAGGCAGCCCCUGCGCACGAUCGAGUCAGCAACGUUGAGGGACCACCAUCCACUAGCCAAGACAAAAACGAUGGCUGGGCUUCUGUUGAGUCAUCUCGACCAAAGGCGAGUUCCGGAAAGGACGUCUCAGACAUGCUUGAGCCAGUUGCAGCUGGCCCAGCGACCCUUCGAUUAACUAACGUUUCGAGUGAAGCCAAGAAGCCGAAACCACAGACGAAGAAGGAGGAGCCGGCCCUCACAAAGAAACAGCGUCAGCGAGAGGCUCGAAAAGAAGAGACGAAGCGACUACAAGCUGAAGCCAAUGCCAUGGGAGAUAAGUUGAAGAGGGAGCAAAUGCAACGUGCUCGAAUGGCCGAGGGCACCUCCAAUCAGACCAAAGCCAACAAUUUCGCCGCAACAGCAGCACGAAACAUAUGGCAAAACCGAACAUCUACUGGCACAAACGAGCCAACCCAAGCGACAGGGGCUCAGCUUCUCGAUACAUUCGAGCCUACGACUGAGACCAGAGCAUCUGUGCAAACUCAGCCCAUGGAGAACAUCGUCAAUGGCUCGACUAGCAGCGCAAACGUUAAUGCUAUCAAGUCGGAAGUUGGUGAGCAAACCACAAAUGCAUUGGCAGCUUCUGGGCGCGAGAACGGUGCUUUCACCGAGCAAUCCUCUCUGUCUGAAGAAGAGCAAUUGCAGCGUAUCCGAGAGCAGGAGCAGGAGGAUGCCUGGGAGGCUGUCUCGACCAAGAAAUCGAAGAAGAAGGGGAGAAAAGAGGUAGAAGCGAGCAGUGAUACCAGUCCUCCCAGCUCAAGAGCUGCCUCGAUCGCUCCCACCAAGCAGCUGAACGCCACCAAGUCCAACGGUGCAGUGAAGCCUAAGGAGAGCGUAAACCGUUUCGCGACAAUGGAGGUUGUCGAUGUUGGUGGUCUCAGGGAGGACGAAUGGCAAGCUUGA